AGGCACAGGGUGUGCAACCUCCGCCUUGCGCGGGGGGAGAAAUGCUGAACAAUGGAUGCCCAAGAAAGAGCAGCUCUAGAUAUUUCCACCAGAAACCCCCAAGACGACUUUGAACUUCUGCAGAGAGUUGGCGGAGGGACCUACGGUGAAGUUUAUAAGGCAAAAAACAAGGAGACGGGGAAGCUGGCUGCUAUCAAAAUUGUAAAGAUGGAGGCAGAUGAUGACUGUGCCACUAUUCAACAAGAGAUCCUCAUGGUGAAGACCUGCAAACAUCACAACAUCGUGGCCUAUUACGGGAGCUACAUCCGGUAUAACAAGCUGUGGAUUUGCAUGGAGUUCUGUGGGGGAGGCUCUCUUCAGGACAUCUACCAAGUCACUGGACCCCUGUCAGAGCUCCAGAUUGCCUACGUGUGCCGAGAAACGUUGCAAGGUCUGUCUUAUCUUCAUAACCAAGGGAAAAUCCACAGAGACAUCAAGGGAGCCAACAUUCUCCUCAAUGACCACGGGGAAGUAAAACUGGCGGAUUUCGGAAUCUCAGCUCAACUCAGCGCUACCUUUGCCCGGAGAAUGUCUUUCAUCGGCACCCCUUACUGGAUGGCCCCAGAGGUGGCAGCGGUGGAACUCAAAGGCGGAUACAACGAACUGUGCGACGUGUGGUCAGUGGGGAUCACGGCUAUCGAGCUGGUGGAGCUUGAACCCCCCAUGUUUGACAUGCACCCGUUGCGGGUCCUGGUCCUGAUGACAAAGAGCGGCUACCAGCCCCCCAAGCUCAAGGAGAAAGCCCGAUGGUCACCGGCCUUCCACAACUUUGUCAAGGUGACAUUAACCAAGAACCCAAAGAAGCGGCCCAGUGCCUCCAAGAUGCUGACCCAUCAGCUAGUCGCCCAGUCCGGGCUCAGACGCACACUGACACUUGACCUCCUGGAGAAACUGCAUAAUCCUGACAAACAACCCAGCUGUAGAGGUGAGACAGAUGAAGAGGAACAAGAGCCACCUCCACCUCCAGUCCCCCGAAGAAUUCGCUCCAGCCAGCGGCAGGGCGUGACCUCGCCUGGAUGUGCCAGUCCUAAGGCCCAUAAUUUCGGCCUCGCUCUCAGAAACAGACGGAGCCUGGAAUCCUCAAGCUUCACGGAAAUCCCCGCAGAUUCCGCGUACGGCAUCAGCAGCGAUCUCUACAGCUCUGCAUUUAGCGGCAGGAAGGACUCAACGGACUCAGACCACGAUUAUGAUGACGUGGACAUCCCCAUCAGAUGUAGUCCAAGCAGUGACUCCUCGACUUCUGAACUCCCUCCCCCACUGCCCCCCAAGCCCAAAGUCUGGAUCCCACCCGACGAGACUGUGGUGCAGCAAGUCCACCUGCGAUGCCCUGUCAAACCCAUAUUUCGGGGGCGGUGCUCCAGCGGGCCCGUGAUGGGAGGGCCCCCUCAACAGGCAACGCCGACGGGGGCCCAGGCCUCCCACCUCACCGCCAGAUCAGUCCCUGAAUUGCGACCCGUUCCCCAGACUGACGAACCGCCGACCCUCCCACCCAAGCCAGAGAAGAAGCAGCAACCGGACAGGGCACUCUUCAAGAAGGUUUUUAACGAAUGCCCCUUACGCAUCACCUCGGCGACUGCUUGGACCCAUCCAAAUACCAACGAGCCACACUUAAUUCUGGGUGCUGAAGAAGGGAUCUUUGCCUUGAAUCGGACUGAGCUAGAGCCCACCCUAGAGCUGCUCUACCACAGCCGCACAACUUGGGUAUACUGUAUUGGGAAUGUCCUCAUGUCUCUUUCGGGCAAGUCCCCCCAGCUCUUCUCCCACAACUUGCUGGGCCUCUACGAGCAGAGCAGACGAGACCAGCGCCCCGGACUGUACAUUUCUCCCCACAGGCUAUUGCCCAGGAAAAACAUCACCACCACCAAGAUUCCAGACACCAAAGGAUGCCAGAAAUGUUGCACAGCCAGGAAUGCGCAGACUGGCUGCCACUACCUCUGUGGGGCGCUGGAGGCAGGGGUGGUGCUGCUACAGUGGUAUGAACCCAUGCAGAAAUUCAUGCUGGUCAAGUAUUUUGACUUCCCGCUGCCCUCGCCGCUCCCCGUCUUCGAGAUGCUGAUGGCCCCUGACGAGGAGUACCCGGUGGUCUGCAUCGGAGUGCACAAGGGCCCCCCAGGGCAAGCCGUGCAGUUCCAGAUCAUCAACCUCAAUUCCCUCACCUCCUGGUUCAUUGAUGAUGGCAGCGAAUCUGCGUGCUCUGCCCUGGUCCAGGUGAUCCAGCUGGAGAGCAAGACGGUGCUGGUUCUGAUGGACAAUAGGAUCCAGUUUGUCAGUCUCCAGGGCUUGCUGCUUGAGUCACACCCAGAACUCACCUUUGACGUGGCAGUAGAAUCAGUUGCGGUGGUGCGGAACUCUGUGCAUGCAUUUUGGCGCCAUGGCGUCCAGACGCGGCCCUUCGAAUCAGGACAGGUACCACAGGAGCUGCGAGAUCAGCGGUGGAUCUUCCGCUUACUGGGAGCAUCCAGCGCGGUUGUGUUAGAGACGCGGCCUGUGGACGAUCCCAACUCCGCCAGCAACCUCUACGUGCCGGAAUGACACUCGCCAGACCUUUGCCUUUACACCGCGCCGAAUCCCCGUUUCCUGAUCGAUAGGGCUGCCUCCGGUCACAGAAAGGCCGGCCUUGUAGGAGGAGACGGGGAAGCAGGGCCAGUGCUGCUCCUAAAGCUACUAAGAAAAGGACCAGUUUGGGAAAGCCGCUUCACAUUUCACAGAAAGCCCGCCACAGCGUGGGCCACACUUGACGGGCUUCUCACCGACGGGCACAAAGUCACACUUGUCUCCUGGUUUUAUGUCUUCCUUUUACAUAUGACUCCAUGUCAGUAAAGAAUGUGUUCAG